ACUGAGCACAAGCAUUAUGUGACUCUUAUAGACGAUUCGCUAACUUUUGACCGGUAGCUACCGGCUUUGCGACAUCGAAAUGAUUUAAUUGUUUAUAAUCAGUUGCAUACGAUUCUAUAACGUGAAAUUGCGCAACACCCGGAAUCAGCGGUAGCUGUAAUUAAGCAACAAACAUUUAAUUUAAGACGAUGUAUGUCACUAUAACGUCUGAUCUAGACGUAAGGCAUAAUUUUCCUAAUACUAAGAUUACCGAUCACAGAAGGAGGAAGAGACCAUCGUGCGAUCGUUAAUUACUUAGGAAUUACUUGGACAGAUUUUCUAUCAAGACCCCUAAGUUACAAUUACAUGUGUGUUUACCGUCACGCUUGCACGCUUUAGACAAAGUAUAUUGUGAACUAUUCCUGAUAUUUUAAACAAUAUUGAUCUUUUCCCCAAAUCUAAAUCUUUUUCGAAUAUUUUCCACUGUGUGUAUGUGAGGAAUUUGUAGAUAAUUAAUUGGAGAAAAAGGUACUAAUUGCUUUAUAUGGAACUUUAACUAUCGCGAAUUAGGAUUGCUGUGUAUAGCUGGUUUCUCUUGGGGAGUGUCUUUGUCAGCUAAUUAUUAUCUCCCACUUCCUUUUCCACACGGAGAAUUCGCAUAAAUUCUCGACGGUCCUGCGCGGCUGUCACUUAGUAAUCUUAGAUAAGCGAAUAAACAUUUUUACUAAAACUGUGCGGGCGUGUGAAAUUCGAAAUGGCACGAGAAAAUUUAAUUUUCAUUUGUGCCUCUCUGAUCAUCAUGCAACUCGUUAUCGUCUCCAGCGACGACAACAUAGAUUGGACUACGAUUCACGAUGAGUUGAGAAAACUGGCCGGGAAUUUACGAAAAAAGUGCACCGGUGAAACGGGCGCAACAGUCGACUUGCUAGAAGAAGCAGAAUGGGGUGAAUUUCCAGACGAUGAUCCGGACAGUAAGACUAAACUGGGAUGUUAUCUCAGAUGCGUGAUGGAAAAAGGCGGAGUGAUGAAGAAGGAUGGCACAAUCAAUUUCAAGCUCUUGUCCAAGAUGACACCGCAGGCCUUUAAACAGGUUGGAGCAGAAAUGCUUGACGAGUGUCGCGAUGCGACAACGGGUUCCGACAACUGUGACAUAGCUUACAAUUUCAACAAAUGCAUGUACAAUGCAAAUCCUGUGGCCUUCCUUGUUAUCUAAAUACUGAUGGCGCAUAGACGUAACUAAGAGCCCAAAAUUGUCGUCCGUUAAAAUCUGCUGUACCCGUACUGACAAAAUAUAUUUAAAAAUUCAACUGCCCCCCGUUGUAGUUUUUGUCUUUGUAUUAAUUCAGAUAGGGUGAGAUGUUUGCUGCAAUAAAAAGUUGACAAA